AUGACGAGCCUUGCCUCUGUAGUUGCUCGACGGCAGCUUCUCCUCAGGAGACUGUCUACUAGCACUACUAGAUCUACUACUGCUAGGAGUAUCUAUCCUGCCAGUAGUCAUGUCUUGACUGCAUUAUCUACUCCUGCUACCCCAACCAGCUUAGUCUCGGUAUACCCUGCUACCGUUAGUAGUAAUAGCUGUCGCUACUAUUCGGUGACAACGGCGGUCCAAGGCGACUACCCCGAACACACGUUGUUUCCCAUGCCGGCCUUGAGUCCCACUAUGGAAUCGGGUACCAUUUCCAGUUGGGCGUUGGAAGAAGGACAAGAAUUUUCAGCCGGCGAUGUCUUGUGUUCCAUUGAAACCGAUAAAGCCAGUGUCGAUUUUGAAGCACAAGAUGACGGCAUUCUCGCCAAAAUUCUAAUUCAAGCAGCGGAAGAUGUUCCUAUUGGAACUCCCAUUUGUGUCGUUGUCGAAGAAGCUAGUGAUGUGGCGGCUUUUGCCGGUUUUGUAGCACCAGCAGAGGAACCUAGUACUACUAGUAGUGCUAGUAGUACUGCCAGUGCAACCACAGAAGCUCCCACACCAACGGCUACAACACCAGCAGCACCUAGUGGUCAAGCCUCGCUCUUGUUCCCAUCAGCUCGACACUUAAGUGAAUCCAAGGGAUUGGAUGCUACUGUGUUGGAGGGAUCUGGAAAGGGUGGCAGAGUCACCAAGGGAGAUGUUCUCAAGGCCAUUGCAGAUGGUGUUGCCAUGCCAGCCUUGGCUACCAAAGCAGCAACUACCGCACCAACUACUCCCACACCCGCAACUCCCGCAGCAGCAGCACCAGUUCCAUCCACUACUACGGGAGGACAACAUGUGGAAUAUCCCGUGGAAGAAGUCGUUUCCUUUGGUUCUUACGAAGAUGUGCCCAAUUCCAAAAUGAGAAAAACCAUUGCAUCCCGUCUCACACAAUCCAAACGAGAAGUACCACAUUUCUAUACAUCCAUUGAUGUUCAAUUGGAUAAUGUCAUGAAAUUACGAAAACAACUCGUCAAUGAUCACGAAGUCAAAGUAUCCGUCAAUGACUUGAUUAUUCGCUGUUGUGCAUUGGCACUUCGGGAUGUCCCCGAAGUCAAUGCAUCCUACGAUUCAGCGUCGAAUUCCAUCAAGACACAAUCCAGUAUUGAUGUCAGUGUGGCCGUGGCAACACCUACUGGUCUCAUUACUCCCAUUGUCCCCAAUACGGACAAACUGGGAUUGUCCGGCAUUACCAAUAAGGUACGAGAUUUGGCCACACGGGCACGAGAUGGAAAGCUGGCACCCCAAGAAUAUCAAGGCGGCACGUUUUGUGUCUCCAAUUUGGGCAUGUUUGGCAUUAACGAAUUCAGUGCCGUCAUUAAUCCACCCCAAGCCGCUAUUUUAGCGGUCGGAGGUGGCACGCGAUUGCCCAUGGCCACGCCGUAUGUGGAUGGUGCUGACGAACAAGCCAAACCGUCCAUCAAGACGGUCAUGACGGCACGACUCUCGGCCGAUCGACGAGUGGUGGAUGAACCCACGGCGGCACUCUUUUUGCAAACAUUUCGUCAGUACAUUCAGCAACCAGAACUUUGUAUGCUUUGA